AUGGCCUGGGCCCCUCUCCUCCUCGUGCUCCUCUCUCACUGCACAGGUUCCCUCUCCCAGCCCGUGCUGACUCAGCCACCCUUCGUGUCUGCAUCCCCGGGAACAUCUGUAAGACUCCUCUGCACGUUGAGAAAUGACAUCGGUGUUGGCAGCUAUACCAUAAACUGGUUUCAGCAGAAGCUAGGGAGCCCUCCCCGGUAUCUCCUGUCCUACUACUCAGACUCAAGUAAACACCAGGGCUCUGGGGUCCCCAGCCACUUCUCUGGAGGCAAAGAUGCCUCGGCCAAUGCAGGGCUCCUGCUUAUCUCGGGGCUACAGCCUGAGGAUGAGGCCGAUUACUACUGUGUGAUCUGGUACAACAGUGCUUUCCACAGUGACACAGGCAGAUGGGGAA